UAAAAAAAAAAAGAGGCAGGACAGAAAGAAGAAAUAACUUGCCGUUUGCAGGAUCCAACCAGAAGGUUAACCUGGCUGACAGCUGAUAGUCGAGUAUCAAGAUUAGYGUAUUGUCAUCACGGAUUUAUCGUGUUUGUGUUAUGUGAAGUGGACGCUGGUUUUAUUAGAACYGUGACCGAGCACCAUCAUGGCUUCAGCCCCUCCACUAAGGCGGACAGAUUCAGCUCGGGGGGAAUUUUCCCCCUUGAAGCAUUUUGUUCUUGCCAAGAAAAAGAUCAGCGACGUGUUUGAGCAACUUCUCAACUACGUGAAGGAGACAUCAGACUUUGUAGAAGACAUUUAUGGGAACAAAGCUUUGGAGGAAAUUGCCACCCAGGAUCAGAAGUUGGAGAUUCAGGCUUACGCUGACAAACUUGGUGUCAUUCAGGAUGUGCUCGCUCGCAGACACAUGAAGGUGGCCUUUUUUGGCAGGACCAGUAAUGGUAAAAGCACCGUGAUCAAUGCCAUGCUGAGGGAUCGCGUGCUGCCCAGUGGGAUCGGCCACACCACCAACUGCUUCCUUAGUGUGGAGGGCACCGAUGAAGACAAGGCCUAUCUAAAGACUGAGGGCUCUGAAGAUGAAAAGAGCAUUAAAACCGUUAACCAGCUGGCUCAUGCACUUCACAUGGAUAAAAGCCUGGACGCUGGCUGUCUCGUCCGUGUGUUCUGGCCAAAGACCAAGUGUGCUCUGCUCCGAGACGACCUGGUGCUUGUUGACAGCCCAGGGACAGAUGUGACGUCACAGCUGGACAGCUGGAUUGACAAGUUUUGCCUGGACGCUGACGUCUUUGUGCUGGUAGCAAACUCAGAGUCCACCCUCAUGAACACGGAAAAACACUUCUUCCAUAAAGUAAAUGAACGUCUCUCAAAGCCAAACAUCUUCAUCUUGAACAAUCGCUGGGAUGCUUCAGCAAAYGAACCAGAAUACAUGGAGGACGUGAGGAAGCAGCACACAGAUCGUUGCGUGAACUUUCUGGUAGACGAGCUGAAAGUUGUUGACCGCGACCAGGCGCCAAACCGGAUUUUCUUUGUUUCUGCCAAAGAGGUGCUCAGCUCCCGGAUGCAGCGUGCACAGGGCAUGCCAGAAACAGGUGGUGCUUUGGCUGAGGGUUUCCAGGAGAGACUGAAGGAGUUCCAAAGUUUUGAAAGAAGGUUUGAGGAGUGUAUCUCGCAGUCAGCAGUGAAAACAAAGUUUGAGCAGCACACAAUCAGGGCCAAGCAGAUCACAGAACAAGUCAAGAGCAUUAUGGACACCAUCAACAUCGAGGCGGCGGAGAAGCGUGUGGCAGCGCUGGAGGACAGAGAGUACCAGAUGGACCGGCUGGACUUUGUGAAGAAUCAGCUCAGCUUGUUGAUUGAUGACAUUAAGAAGAAGAUCAAAGCCAUCAGUGAGGAUGUGGAGGCCAAGGUGUCCAUCGCGAUGGGAGAAGAAAUCAGCCGUCUCCAUGUGAUUGUUGAUGAGUUCCACACAGAUUUCCAUCCCUCACCUUCCGUCCUCAAGGUCUACAAGUCUGAACUGCUGGCUCAUGUGGAGGAGGGGAUGGGAAAGAACCUGGCCUUCCGCUGCUCCAACGCCAUCAACGCCUCUGUCCAGUCUUCUCAGAAAUACAUGAUCGGUGUGGAAAACAGUCGGCUGGAGGCUCGUUGUCCUGUCAGCCUCUCUUUAUGGCCUGUUGUACCUGUACGAGAGACUCACCUGGACCACAAAAGCAAAGGAGCGUGCUCUGAAGCGCCAGUUCGUUGAUUACGCCACCGAAAAACUGCAGCUCAUCGUCAGCUUUACUAGUGCAAACUGCAGCCACCAGGUCCAACAGGAGAUGGCCACGACCUUUGGUCGGCUCUGUCAGCAGGUGGACCAGACACAGAAAGAGCUGGAGGAAGACAUCCGUAAGCUGACAGUCAAGAUUAAUCAGCUGGAGACCGUCCAGAGUCGCUCAAAGAGCCUGCGGCAUAAAGCCACAGAUUUGGAGGAACAAUUGGAGGAAUUCACAUAUCAGUACCUGCAGCCUCAGGAGUGAAGUCACUCCUCUUCAUCACUCCAGUUUGGCUCUUAUGGAGUCACCCCUCUAAAACCCAUCACCCUGUAGGUGAURGUCCUGAAAAUUGACUUUGUGCAACAAAUGAAAAGCUUUAUCAGGUUUCUUUAUACAUUUGAUGUCAGGGCUUUUCUCCACAAAUCAGUACUUAAAUUGUCUAUUCUUUAGUUUCAUUUGCAAAGAAAAGAAAAAAAGUUUUUCAAAAAACUCAGAAUGCAUCAAAGAAGAAACUGUUAAAAAAAUAAAAAGUACAGAGCAGUGAAAAAUUGUGCUCCACAAGGGGGUGAUGUUUGUCAAAAGGCUGUAUUUUGACACUAACUUGCUGUAACCUGAAAUGUGAAUAGGCCUUUUUUUAAAUCCUUUUUUUCUGUGGAGUAAAUGAAGUCUCUGUAAGACUGCAGCCAUUUUUGCUCAGACACAUGGAAAAAAACAUUUAUGUUGAAGAACAAAUUUAAUAUUAAAAAGAACAGGAAACUAAACUUACUGAGAAAUCCUUUGAGUAAGAACAGGAAGCACGUCUUUUAAAUACUGUAAUCUGAGUACUAUUUUCAAACAAUAAAAUCUUCAGAUAUUUUAUAUUUUAUUUUAUUUAUACGUAGAAUAGGUAUUACAUUUUGUAUUCUUGUCUCUUCCUUUGAACUUGUCCUAAAAUUCUCCAAAAUUUGCAAGACUGUAAUAAAACACGGUAAUCUAAA